AGGAGGAGGAAAGCCCUGGCUGUGAUGCCGCUGGAUGAUGGCUGCUUUUGGGAUCCUAAGUUACGAACACCGGCCUUUAAAGCGGCCCCGGCUCGGCCCUCCAGACGUCUAUCCUCAAGAUCCAAAGCAAAAAGAGGAUGAAUUGACUGCACUAAAUGUGAAACAAGGAUUCAACAAUCAGCCGGCGGUGUCUGGUGAUGAACAUGGCAGUGCCAAAAAUGUCAAUUUCAACCCUUCAAAGAUCAGUUCAAACUUCAGCAGCAUCAUUGCAGAGAAGCUGCGUUACAACACAUUUCCAGACACAGGGAAGCGUAAACCACAGGUCAACCAGAAAGAUAAUUUUUGGCUCGUCACAGCACGGUCACAGAGCUCCAUCAAUAAUUGGUUCACGGAUUUAGCGGGGACUAAACCUCUAACACAGCUGGCAAAAAAGGUGCCAAUCUUCAGCAAAAAGGAAGAGGUUUUUGGAUACUUGGCCAAGUACUCAGUCCCUGUCAUGCGUUCGGCAUGGAUGAUCAAGAUGACCUGUGCAUAUCAUGCAGCCAUCACAGAGACUAAAGUCAAGAAGAGGCAUGUGAUUGACCCCUGUAUAGAAUGGACCCAGAUCAUUACUAAGUACCUGUGGGAACAGCUUCAGAAGGUGGCUGAGUUUUACCGGCAGUCUCCCAGUCAAGGCUGCAGCUCACCCCUACCAGCCACUCCUGUUGAUGUGGAAACAGCCAUGAAGCAGUGGGAAUACAACGAGAAGCUAGCCAUGUUCAUGUUUCAGGAUGGUAUGCUGGACAGACACGAGUUCCUGACAUGGGUGCUGGAGUGCUUUGAGAAGGUCCGCCCUGGUGAAGAUGAGCUUCUCAGACUUCUCCUGCCCCUUUUACUGCAGUACUCGGGGGAAUUCGUACAGUCGGCUUACUUGUCACGGAGACUGGCUUACUUCUGCACGCGCCGUCUCAACCUGUUGCUAAGCGACGGGAGCCUGGGCCCCGGCGCAGGAGGGCAUCCAGGCCAUGGCAUCUUGGCGCAGCAAGGUAACGCCCUGCCCCCCACUCCCACCUCCCAGCCGGCAGGAGGGAACCAGCCGCAGACACCUUUCACAGACUUCUACAUCUGCCCGCAGCACCGGCCUCUGGUGUUCGGCCUCAGCUGCAUGUUACAGAGCAUUGUGUUGUGUUGUCCCAGUGCUCUGGUGUGGCAUUACUCUUUGACAGACAGCAGAAACAAGACUGGUUCCCCUCUAGACCUCCUGCCCAUCGCCCCCUCCAGCUUACCAAUGCCAGGGGGAAAUACUGCCUUUACUCAGCAGGUCCGUGCAAAGCUGAGAGAAAUUGAGGAGCAAGUUAAGGAGAGAGGUCAGGCUGUGGAGUUCAGGUGGUCAUUUGAUAAGUGCCAGGAGACUACAGCAGGGUUCACCAUCGGGAGGGUUUUACACACCCUGGAGGUUUUAGACAACCACAGCUUUGAGAAGUCUGAUUUUAACAACUCCCUGGACUCCCUGUACAACCGAAUAUUUGGCUCAGGCCAGAGUAAAGAUGGUCAUGAGAUGUCGCCCGAUGACGACGCAGUGGUGACCUUGCUUUGUGAAUGGGCAGUGUGCUGUAAGCGUUCUGGCAGACACAGGGCCAUGGUGGUGGCCAAGCUGCUGGAAAAGAGACAGGCUGAAAUAGAAGCCGAGAGGUGUGGUGAGUCGGAGGUGGUGGAUGAGAAGGGUUCUGUGUCAUCCGGCUCCCUCUCAGCUGCCACACUACCAGUCUUUCAGGAUGUGCUGCUACAGUUUCUCGACACUCAGGCCCCCACACUGACGGAGCCUGGGAAUGAAAGUGAAAGAGUGGAGUUCUCCAACCUGGUCCUGCUCUUCUGUGAGCUCAUCCGUCACGAUGUCUUUUCCCACAACAUCUACAUGUGCACGCUCAUUUCCCGCGGUGACCUGGCUUCUGACUCCCACCUGCCGCGCCCGCGCUCCCCUAGUGACGAGCCCUCCGAUGAAUCAGAGCGCAAGGAGCAGGACGCAGGCAGCAGCGUCAAGAUGGAGGAUACCGGUCUGUCGGAGUCGAUGGAAAUUGAUCACAACUCCAGUGCUAAUUUUGAUGAGAUGUUCUCACCUCCGAUGCACUGCGAGUCUAAGGGGAGCCCCUCUCCUGAGAAGCCUGCCCCAGAGCAGGACAGUAAGGCUGCCUGUAAAGACAAGGGCAUGGACCCAGCCUUCCCCCAACUGUACGAGCAACCCCGACACAUUCAAUAUGCCACUCACUUCCCAAUUCCUCAGGAGGAGAGUGCCAGCCAUGAGUGCAACCAGCGGUUAGUGGUCCUCUACGGUGUAGGCAAACUGAGAGAUGAGGCGAGACACACCAUCAAGAAAAUUACCAAAGAUAUCUUGAAGGUCCUUAACCGCAAAAGCACAGCAGAAACUGGAGGGGAGGAAGGACAAAAGAGGAAGAGGAGUAAGCCGGAGGCCUUUCCCACUGCUGAGGAUAUCUUCUCCAAAUUCCAGCACCUCUCCCACUUUGACCAGCACCAGGUCACCUCCCAGGUGUCCAGAAAUGUGCUGGAACAGAUCACCAGCUUUGCCUUAGGGAUGUCUUAUCACCUGCCUCUCGUCCAGCACAUUCAGUUCAUCUUUGACCUCAUGGAGUACUCCCUCAACAUUAGUGGCCUCAUAGAUUUUGCUAUUCAGCUUCUGAAUGAGCUGAGUCUGGUGGAAGCCGAGCUGCUGCUGAAGUCGUCCAGCCUGGUGGGCAGCUACACCACCAGCCUGUGUCUGUGUAUCGUGGCAGUGCUGAGGAGGUACCACUCCUGCCUCAUUCUCAAUCCUGAGCAGACGGCACAGGUUUUUGAUGGGUUGCGCAUCGUGGUGAAAUCAGGUGUGAACCCGGCAGACUGUUCUUCUGCUGAGCGCUGCAUCCUGGCCUACCUGUAUGACCUCUACACCUCCUGCAGCCACCUCAAGACCAAGUUUGGAGAGAUCUUCAGUGAGUUCUGCUCCAAAGUGAAGAACUCCAUCUACUGCAAUAUUGACCCGUCUGACUCCAACAUGCUCUGGGACCCCGUAUUCAUGAUGGAGGCCAUCGCCAAUCCUUCGGCACACAACUUCAACCACUCAAUGGUGGGCAAGAUCCUCAAUGACAGUCCGGCCAACCGCUACAGCUUUGUCUGUAAUGUGCUCAUGGAUGUGUGUGUGGACCACCGAGACCCUGAGAGGGUGAACGAUAUCGGGAUACUGUGCGCGGAACUGACGGCGUAUUGUCGCUCUCUAAGUGCUGAGUGGCUAGGCAUCCUCAAGGCUCUCUGCUGCUCCUCCAACAACGGCAACUGUGGCUUCAAUGAUUUGCUGUGUAAUGUAGAUGUUAGUGAUUUGUCCUUCCACGAUUCCCUGGCAACCUUCGUAGCUAUUCUCAUUGCUAGACAGUGCCUACUCCUAGAAGACCUGGUUCGCUGUGUGGCCAUUCCUUCCCUCCUCAAUGCAGCCUGCAGUGAGCAAGAUUCUGAGCCAGGAGCCAGACUCACCUGCAGGAUUCUGUUGCACCUUUUUAAGACGCCACAGCGCAACCCCGUCCCCCAAGAUGGUGUAAAGUCAGAUAAAUCUUCAGUUGGUAUCCGGUCGUCCUGUGAUCGCCACCUUCUCGCUGCUUCUCAGAACAGCAUAGUUGUUGGAGCUGUAUUUGCUGUCCUCAAAGCUGUUUUUAUGCUGGGUGAUGCUGAGUUAAGGGGCUCGGGACUGUCACACCCUGCUGGCCUCGACGACAUAUCUGAGGGGCGCAAUGUCUCCAUAGAAACAGCCAGCUUGGAUGUAUACGCAAAGUAUGUUCUGAAGACCAUCUGUCAGCAGGAGUGGGUUGGAGAGCGAUGCUUGAAAUCUUUGUCUGAGGACAGCAGUGCCCUUCAGGACCCAGUGCUGGUAAACAUUCAAGCCCAACGUUUACUGCAGCUUAUUUGCUACCCUCACCGCCAGCUGGACAGUGAUGAUGGUGACAACCCUCAGAGACAGCGCAUCAAACGCAUCCUCCAGAAUAUGGACCAAUGGACAAUGAGACAGUCAUCUCUGGAGCUGCAGCUAAUGAUCAAACAGAGUGCAAACAAUGAGCUUUAUUCUCUCUUGGAGAACAUAGCCAAGGCCACAAUUGAGGUCUUUCAAAAAUCAGCUGAGAUGAACUCCAAUAACCCCUCAGGGAAUGGAGCAGUGGUGCAAGGUGGCUCCGGAUCCAACAAUAGCAGCACCACAAGCAAGAUGAAACCUAUUUUAAGCUCUUCCGAGCGGUCGGGUGUGUGGCUGGUGGCUCCGUUGAUAGCAAAGUUGCCCACCUCAGUGCAGGGUCAUGUACUGAAGGCAGCAGGGGAGGAGCUGGAGAAAGGACAAGGCCUGAGCUCCUCCUCACGUAAGGAGAGGGACAGGCAGAAACAGAAAAGUAUGUCUCUGCUGAGUCAGCAGCCAUUCCUGUCUUUGGUGCUGACCUGCUUGAAGGGGCAGGACGAGCAGAGGGAAGGUCUUCUCACCUCCCUCUACGGCCAAGUGCAGCAGAUAGUCACAAACUGGAGAGAGGACCAGUACCAGGAUGACUGCAAGGCGAAGCAAAUGAUGCAUGAGGCUCUGAAACUUCGAUUGAAUCUUGUGGGUGGCAUGUUUGACACGGUGCAGCGCAGCACCCAGCAGACCACUGAGUGGGCAGUUCUGCUCCUUGACAUCAUCAGUAGCGGCACAGUGGACAUGCAGUCCAAUAAUGAGCUCUUCACAACUGUGUUGGACAUGUUGAGUGUGCUGAUUAACGGCACUCUGGCUGCUGACAUGUCCAGUAUCUCUCAGGGCAGCAUGGAGGAGAAUAAGAGGGCCUACAUGAAUCUGGUCAAGAAGCUCAGGAAAGAGCUUGGAGAUCGGCAGUCAGAAAGUUUGGAAAAGGUUCGCCAGCUGCUGCCGCUGCCCAAGCAAACCCGCGAUGUCAUAACCUGUGAACCUCAGGGCUCGCUUAUCGACACCAAGGGUAACAAGAUCGCUGGCUUUGAGAAGGAGGGCCUUCAAGUAUCAACCAAACAGAAGAUUUCUCCAUGGGAUGUCUUUGAGGGUCUCAAACACUCUGCCCCUCUCUCCUGGGGCUGGUUUGGCACAGUGCGUGUGGAUCGCAAGGUCACUAAAUUCGAGGAGCAGCAGCGUUUCCUGCUUUACCACACCCACCUGAAGCCCAAACCUCGUAGCUAUUACCUGGAACCGCUCCCUCUUCCCCCUGAAGAGGAGGAGCCCCUGACGCCUGUCUCCCAGGAACCAGAGAAGAAGAUGAUGGAGGCAGUGAAGCCAGAGAAGAGUGUACCCGCUGUGCCCUCUGAUUCAAAUAAGAAGAAAUCAAACAAGAAGAAGAAAACUCAGUCUGUCAAGACAGAUGACUAUGUGACCCGUACACCAAGUGGUGUGUCUUAUGGGACUAAUAUGCCACCUGAGCUGAUGCAGACCCAUCCAUAUGGCGGCAGGCUAUCCUAUGGCCAGCAGCCCAUGAGCAUGUACACACAGAACCAGCCUCUACCUCCAGGAGGUCCUGGUUUAGAUCCUCCAUACAGACCUGCUCGGAACGCACCAAUGAACAAAAUAAUGCCCACGCGGCCCAACUACACAGGCAUGAUGCCUGGUAUGCAGGGAAGCAUGCCUGGUAUGAUGGGACUGGACAAACAAUACCCAAUGGGUUACAAGCCCCAGCCUACCAUGCCACAAGGCCAGAUGCUACGCCAGCAGCUACAGGUCAGACUGAAUCAGAGCAUGAUAGGGCAGCAGAUAAGACAAAUAACACCCAACCAACAAUACACGUCAAUGCAGGCAUCACAAAACAUAUCUCAGGGCUAUACCACAUACGGAUCACACAUGGGGAUGCAGCAGCAUCCGUCCCAAGGUGGUGGUAUAGUUCCUUCCUCUUAUGGAAACCAAAACUUCCAGGGCACCCAUCCAGGGGCCAACCAAGCUGUGGUGGAUCCUCUUAGGCAAAUGCAGCAGAGGCCCAGUGGUUACGUUCACCAGCAGGCCCCAGGCUAUGCACACAAUAUGCAGAACACACAGAGGUUUGCCCACCAGCCCAUUCAGCAGGCUCCUAUCAUGCACAGUAUUGGUCACAUGGGGGGUCAGGGUGUCCAUCCAGGCUUGAGGCCCAAUCAGAUGCUGGCAGAACAGCAGCAGCAGCAACAACAAGCAGCACAGCAACAGCAGCAGCAGCAGCAGUACCUCAGACAAGCACUCAGACAGCAGCAGCAGCAGCAGGCCCAACAAGUUCAACAGCAGCAACAGCAGCAGCAACAACAACAACAACAACAGCAACAGCAGCAACAGCAGCAGCAGCAGCAAGUCCAGCCUCAGCAGGUUCCUCCUCAACAGCAAGUUCCACAGCAGCAGCAGCAACAACAACAGCAACAACAGCAGCAGCAGCAGCAGCAGGUGUCAGCGGUGCAACCACCAGGCCAGGCACAGAACCAGGGCCUGGGCAUGCAGCCACUGCCCCCACAGCAACCCAUGUUUCCCCGACAGGGUAUGCAGCAGACCCAGCAGCAGCAGCAGACUGCAGCUCUGGUCAGGCAGCUGCAACAGCAACUUUCAAACACACAACCAGGACAGAGCACCAAUUCAUAUUACUGAUCAUGCUUGUUCAUAGUAGUCUGUGAAGAGAAAGUCCCUCACUCGAUAUGUGUGGAGGCCUAUAGGUUGGCAGAUGAAUAUGUUGAGUUCAGUGUAGGCUGUUAGGAGAGAAGACUGUUCAAGGCACAACGGACCACCAAACAGAUGAACCAAAACCCAUCUCUGACCACUGAGGCAACGAUCAGAAAAUAUCUUGAUUUCAGUUUUGUAAUUAUGGAUUAUCAAAGGAGGGAUCCUGCUCUAAAGUAAACAGAUAAUGGUUAAUAAUGGAAAAGUCUAUGUAAAAAAAGUACCAGAAAUUAUAAGAAUGCAAUUUUUUUAUUUUAUUUCAAUUUGUACAAUUUUUUCAGUUUCGUGUAUUUCUUAUUAAAAAAUCAUGUCAGUU